GUUUUCUCUUUUAAACCAUUCCCCCUUCCUACCUUCUCCUCCAUUAAAAUUAGUUUUCUCCAACCCUUUGCUCGGUUUUCUUAUUUCUCAGUUUUUUGUUCGUUCGUGGCAAAAUUUUCGCACGUGCCCUCGGUUGGAGAUGUUGUCACCGACCUUUCUCUCUUUCUUCACGGCAAAAGCAUCGUGAAUCCUCGUCGUCGCGGUCGUCGAUAUUUCUAGUUUCUUUUCGAAUUUCAUAUAUCAAAUUCAAUACUCCCAUUAGGUUCUGCGAUCGAUUGUUCACCGUUUUAGAAUUGGCACUGGUCAUAAGGGGUGUUUAGUUGUACCUGAUUACAGGGUCUGGUACGGGUGAAGUACCAGCUGAUGGUGUGAUCUUUGGAAUAUUUUUUUUUGUUAUGUGAAGAAUAGAGAUGAAACUACAGGCUCAUAUUCCAGGGCAGAUAUCCGGACAGGUACCCAAUCAAGCAGGGUCUCAGUUGUCUGGAAUGGCCCAACUGAAUGGGAAUGCCCUGCCAUCACAGAUGCCAUCUUUAGGUGGUGUAUCACGAUCAGCAAUUAAUAUGGAUCCCGAACUUCGUAGAGCACGCGCAUUUAUUCAAGAGAAAAUCUGUGAGAUAUUAUUGCAACGUCAACUGCCACCAACAACUGAAAUGCAGAGAAUGAAGAUUAAGGAUCUUUCAAAACGCCUGGAGGAGUGCAUGUUAAAAGCUGCUAUUACUAAGGAGGACUACAUGAACUUGAAUACACUAGAGAGUCGUUUAUCUAAUUUCCUCCGAAGAGCUCAAAGCCAACCGUAUCCCCAGCUUGUUAGCUCUUCUCCCAUUGGUACAAUGAUACCAACCCCUGGUAUGUCGCAUGGUCCAAAUUCAAGCAUGGUGGUUGCAUCUUCUAUAGAUGCCUCAAUGAUUUCUUCCAGUGGGUGUAAUAAUAGCAUAGUAUCAACAUCUUUCAAUAGUGUAAAUAUGUUACCAGCUGGUGGAAUGCUUGGCAGUUCCUUAAACAGAUCUGAUGGUUUGUCAAAUGGAUAUCAGCAGUCCUCUACCAGCUUCUCUGUUGGCCCAGGGGGGAACAUGUCGUCAAUGGGUGUGCCGAGAAAUUCAAGCCAGAUGAUUCCUACACCGGGAUUUACAGUCAACAGCAACCACUCGCAUAUGAAUAUAGAUUCAUCUACUAAUGGUAGUGUCUUUUCCAGUGCAGACUCUACUAUGGUACCACAGUCACAGCUGGAGCAGCAGAAACAGCACGCUGGUGACCAAAGUCAUGUAUUGUCGAACCUUGGCAGCCAAAUGAGUAGUGGAAUGAGAUCUGGUUUGCUACAAAAACAAUUUACAAACUCAAACGGUGCUAUAAAUAGUGGGAUAGGUUUGAUUGGUAACAAUAUCCAACUUGUAAAUGAACCAGGCACUUCCGAUGGCUAUGCCUCAAACUAUGCCAAUUCCCCUAAACACAUACAUCAGCACUUUGACCAAAAUCAGAAACCAGUAAUGCAGGGUGAUGGAUAUGGAUUGAAUAAUGUUGACCCUUUUGCUUCUGGAAACUUUUAUGCAUCUGCAACAUCUUCUGGGUCUAUGACGAAUACUCAGAACACAAAUUCAGUAAAAUUGCCAUCAAUACCCAAAACCAGCUCAUUGAUCAGUGGUCACUCGAAUUUGCAUGGUAUGCAGCAGGCUGCUCAUAUAAAGUCUCAAGCAAUCAAUCAAUUGGAAAAAUUGCAUUUUCAAUCUUCAUCAACUUCAAGGGAUGCUCUUCUGCAUUCUCAACAGCAGUAUCCACAAAGGCCCCAGCAAUUUCAACAGCCAGAGCAGUAUUCACAAUCACAGCAACAAUUUCAAUUGAAACUACAUAGUCAACAGCCUCAGCAUUUUGUCAACGAUGAUGCUUUCAAUCAGUCUCAGUUGUCUUCCAAUCUAGAAAACCAAGUGAAGUCAGAGCCUGGAAUUGAGCACCAUAAAGACCUUCUCAAUUCUCAUGUUCCUGAACAGUUCCAUAUGCCUGAGAUGCAGAAUCAGUUCCAGCAAAAUUCAUCUGAAGAUUGCUCUAGGAGUGCUCAAUACAUUUCCUUUCCAUCUGGCCAGCAUGAUUUAUCCUCAUCAGCACCUCAAAAUUCGCAACAAAUGUUGCAUCCACACCAAUUGGUUGCAGAAUCUCAAAAUAAGUUCAGCUGCCUUACAGUUGGGGCACAAUCCAAUUCCAAAUCAGUAGUUCUAAACCAAUGGCCUGACUCACAAGAUGGGAACCACAUGUCUAACAAUAUUUCACAUGACCAGCAUCUCCAUGUGGAUUUUCAUCAAAGAAUAUCAGGGAAGGAUGAAGCCCAUUGCAAUAAUUUAUCAUCAGAUGUAUCUAUGGGCCAAGCUGUUGCUUCUAGAGGCGCAACUGAGCCACUAGACCCAGGAAGUGCUACCAAACAGGCACACAGGCAUCAACAAAGGUGGCUUUUAUUUCUACUUCAUGCUCGGAAAUGUGCUGCUCCUGAAGGGCGAUGCCAAGAACGUUCUUGUUCUAGUGCACGGAAGUUAUGUAUGCACAUUGAUGGAUGCACCCUGCGUCAUUGUCCAGUCCCACGUUGUCAUCAUACCAGGGUAUUGCUUCAUCAUUUCAUACACUGCAAGGAUCCGUGCUGCCCUGUUUGUGUUUUUGUAAAAAAUUACCGGCGUGCAUUUCAACUUAAGCCUCAGAUUCAGCCAGAAUCUGAAUCAAGUUUGCCAAGUGUGGUAAAUGGAUCCUGUAAAUCUUACAAUAUUACAACUACGUCAUCUAGAUUGAUCUCAAAACCUACAUUAGUUGUGGAAACUUCAGAAGACCUGCACCCAUCUCUAAAACGCAUUAAGAUUGAGCAUUGCACCCAGUCUGUUAAUCUUGAAAAUGACAAUUCUGCAUCAUCUGUUUCUGCAAAUUGUGAAUCUCUUGUUUCCAGGGAUGCUCAGUCCCAAACUUAUCCCAAUGCAGAGAAGUCCAUCUCAAUUAAAUCUGAGCUUACAGAAGUAAAAGCAGAAGUUUUGGCUCAUGCUAAGCUUAGCAAUAUGAAGAUGGAUUCCAAUAAUGCAGAUGAUAAAAUUCUUGAUGGUGAGCCUGUCAAGCAUGAUGAUCCUGGUAAUUCAGCUAGGCCAGAAAAUAUAAAAACUGAAAAAGAAAUUGGACAAGAUAAGCAAGAAAAUGCAAUGCAGCAGAGUGAAAAUGCAGCUGGAACAAAGUCUGGUAAGCCAAAAAUAAAGGGGGUCUCUUUAACCGAAUUAUUUACUCCAGAGCAAGUAAGGGAACAUAUUACUGGUCUCAGGCAAUGGGUUGGCCAAAGCAAAUCAAAGGCAGAGAAGAAUCAAGCAAUGGAGCACGCAAUGAGCGAGAAUUCCUGUCAAUUAUGUGCUGUAGAGAAGCUUACAUUUGAACCACCACCUAUUUAUUGCACAACAUGUGGGGUUCGCAUCAAAAGAAACAAUAUGUACUAUACCAUGGGUACUGGUGAUACUCGGCAUUAUUUUUGUAUCCCAUGCUAUAAUGAUGCUCGUACAGAACACAUUGUUGUUGAUGGGACUCCCAUUGCUAAAUCAAGAUUGGAAAAGAAGAAGAAUGACGAGGAAACCGAGGAAUGGUGGGUUCAAUGUGAUAAAUGUGAAGCUUGGCAGCACCAAAUAUGUGCCUUGUUUAAUGGUAGAAGAAAUGAUGGUGGACAAGCUGAAUACACUUGCCCUAACUGCUACAUUGAAGAGGUAGAACGAGGAGAGCGCAUGCCAUUACCCCAAAGUGCUGUUCUUGGAGCAAAGGAUUUACCGAGAACUAUUCUUAGUGACCAUAUAGAACAACGAUUAUUUAAGCGGCUAAAGCACGAAAGACAAGAGAGAGCAAGGUUUCAUGGGAAAACCUAUGACGAGGUGCCUGGAGCUGAUUCCCUUGUUGUAAGAGUCGUGUCAUCUGUUGACAAGAAGUUAGAAGUGAAACAGCGUUUUUUGGAGAUUUUUCAGGAAGAAAAUUACCCGACAGAGUUCCCAUAUAAAUCAAAGGUAGUUUUGCUGUUUCAAAAGAUUGAAGGUGUGGAAGUAUGCCUAUUUGGCAUGUAUGUUCAAGAAUUUGGAGCUGAAUGUCAAUUUCCCAAUCAGCGCCGAGUUUAUCUUUCAUAUUUGGACUCUGUGAAGUAUUUCAGGCCUGAGGUUAAAUCAGUAACUGGAGAGGCUCUUCGAACAUUUGUUUACCAUGAAAUUCUGAUUGGAUACCUUGAAUAUUGUAAGUUACGUGGUUUUACCAGCUGCUAUAUUUGGGCUUGUCCUCCGUUAAAAGGCGAAGAUUAUAUUUUAUAUUGCCAUCCAGAAAUUCAGAAAACACCAAAAUCUGACAAGCUUCGUGAAUGGUAUCUAGCCAUGUUAAGAAAAGCUGCAAAGGAGAAUGUUGUGGUCGAUAUCACCAACUUAUAUGAUCAUUUCUUCACAUCUACUGGUGAAUGUAGGGCUAAGGUUACAGCUGCAAGACUCCCAUAUUUUGAUGGUGACUACUGGCCUGGGGCUGCAGAAGAUUUGAUUUAUCAGCUACGCCAAGAGGAAGAUGGAAGAAAGCAAAAUAAAAAAGGAACGACUAAAAAGACUAUCACAAAAAGGGCUCUAAAAGCAUCUGGUCAGUCAGAUCUUUCAGGAAAUGCAUCGAAAGAUCUGCUCCUCAUGCACAAACUUGGUGAAACCAUUUCCCCAAUGAAGGAAGAUUUUAUCAUGGUUCAUUUGCAGCAUGCAUGUGCUCACUGCUGUAUUCUAAUGGUGUGUGGCAACCGUUGGGUCUGUAAUCAGUGCAGGAAUUUUCAGAUUUGUGAUAAGUGUUAUGAAGCAGAGCUAAAGCGUGAAGAGAGAGAAAGACAUCCUGUUAAUCAGAGGGAAAAGCACACCUUUUCUCCAGUUCAAAUUACUGAUGUACCAUCUGAUACAAAGGAUAAAGAUGAUAUUCUUGAGAGUGAAUUCUUUGACACUAGACAGGCGUUUCUGAGUCUCUGCCAGGGAAAUCAUUACCAGUAUGAUACACUAAGGAGGGCCAAGCAUUCCUCAAUGAUGGUCCUAUAUCAUCUUCAUAAUCCAACUGCUCCUGCAUUUGUGAUCACUUGUAAUACAUGCUAUCUUGACAUUGAAACUGGUCAAGGUUGGCAUUGUGAAGUUUGCCCAGAGUACGAUGUAUGCAAUUCUUGUUAUCAAAAAGGAGGCAUUGAUCAUCCUCAUAAAUUGACAAAUCAUCCGUCAAUGGCGGAUCGUGAUGCUCAGAACAAAGAAGCAAGGCAGCUUCGAGUAUUGCAGCUAAGGAAAAUGCUCGAUCUUCUAGUGCAUGCAUCCCAAUGUCGUUCUGCACAUUGCCAAUAUCCUAAUUGUCGCAAAGUGAAGGGACUCUUCCGCCAUGGUAUGCACUGCAAAACACGUGCUUCUGGAGGCUGUGUUCUUUGUAAGAAAAUGUGGUAUUUGCUUCAACUUCAUGCUCGUGCAUGCAAAGAAUCCGAAUGCCAUGUGCCACGAUGCAGAGAUUUAAAAGAACAUCUAAGGAGGCUGCAGCAGCAGUCUGAUUCACGGCGUAGAGCUGCUGUUAUGGAAAUGAUGAGACAGAGAGCUGCAGAAGUUGCUAAUAAUGCUGGAUGAGCAAUUUGUACAUUAAGUAAAUACGGGGCGCUUCAAAGAAAUGUUUUACACUGCUAGACAUUAGUUCACCUAUGCUCCGACAGCAGUGGUUGUUUUUGUGAAUGGAAUACAUAGGGUAUACGUAGCCUACUAGCCUUGCAGGUUCGCUUGUCUAUCUCCACAUGAUUUAUGACCUGGAUCAAGUCCAACCAUUUAGUGCGGCUGCCCUCUUCUGCAAGGGACUAACCAGGUCCAGCAGGGGUAUUAGGUGGUGUUUCCUUUUAUGUUGAUCUAUUCUGCGAUUCUUUGAUUUUGUCAAGUUAUUUGUAUUAUUAAAGUUAAAUGUCAUCCAUGGUGGCAAGGUGUACUAUAGUCCUAAUUAGUAUCAUAUUUCUUUACAAAUAUUUGUGGGAGGGAGGUUGGUUUCAAUUUGUCUUAGUUUUACCCUUUUCAUGAUUCAGUGCAUUUUGUAGAAUCCUUUUAUUUAAAGAUGAAAGUAAAUAAUUAGAAUCAUACCUUA